AUGAGGCCCGACGCCGGCGUCGCGGGGAGCAUGGCGUCCAUGGAGUGGGAGCCCAAGGCGCUGUCCCUCCACGAGCUCAAGUACGCGAGGGAGGCGGCGCUGUACGUCCUGAGAACGCACUCCUCGGAGGACGCCGUCCGAAUCUUCACCGAGGGCCUCAAGCCGGUGCUGGGCGUCAGGAGGGACUCCAUGGCCGACUCCGACGAGGAGGACGACCAGGGUGACGAGGACUACGACAUGUUCAGUCCCUACGCGUUUCUUGACGAUGACGGUGUCUACUGCCACCAGUAUGGGCGCACCGCCGCCGAGGAACGAGAUGUUGCUACCGCACCCUUCUAA